UCCAGAUACAUACACUUUCGCUCUCAUUUUCGACAUUCGUUAGUGCUAUGCCAUCGAAAACAAGUCAAAAAAAAAUUCUAAAAAUGUUUAGUUCGUAGAAGUAUUUAGACAAUCAAGACAUGUACAAACCAAAGCUGCAAGCAAAUUUUUAACUUGUAUUUGUGCAUCGGCUAAUUUUUGUAUGCAUAAUCUGGAGAUUAGUUUAAAAAUAUACGAUUUGUAUUACUGUGAUUGCAAAGAUUCAGGACUAGCCAAAGUAGUGAAACGCUUUUGACUACAGUUGAUUUUAAUACACUCUUUGACUUCUGUACCUACAAUAUACAUUUGGCCAGAAUUAUCUCGGUUUUAAUAAGCAAUGCAUAACGUCGACCGUAGAGUCUUUUAUGUGCUUUUUCUCAUUGUCUACUCUGCAAUUGUAAUAAAUUGCCAAGGUGGAGGAGGAGGUGGUGGAGGCGGUGGUGGCGGAGGCUAUAGAAGCAGUUACCACAACAACAGUAGUGGCAAAUCAAAUUGUGUUGGUAGUGAAUGUUUGAAACAGUUCCUAGCUAUUAUGGGGAUUUGUACAGGCAUAGGAGCAUCGAUUUUUCUUUGCUACUGUUGUCACCAUAAACAUAAGGGUCGACCAAGGAAAAACCAUGCAGAAUUCGUCAACUCUGAGUUAUCCCAUCAACAGUACGCACUUGUAAAAAAUGCAUUUCAAACAGGCAUGUGGUCAAGUCGUUUUUAUCAACAUGGAACAUGGCAUGGACCACAUCAAUUGCACCUAUCAUUUAAUCCACAUUCAAUGACUGUUAGUGGAUCUGGAUGCGAUGAUGUCGGUGAAUAUACAAUUGGAGGGUUUUUUUCGGAUAGAACGCAACGAAUGGGACUGACAAAACAGUAUAAAGAGGGGACAGGAGAUGCAGGUCAGAACUUGGGUCAUUUUGUUAUUAUUCAAGUAACGUACGAGGCAAAACUGAACCAAUUCGAAGGCAAGUGGUAUGUUCAGACGAAGAAGUAUCACGGCGAAAAUAAAUUUGUCCUUAAAGUCGAUGAGUCACAAGUAUGAAGAACGAUCACUCCUUUUUAUCGAUUACUAGUGUAGUACCCGGCUUUGCUCGGGAUUAAUUUAACGACAAAAUAUUUAAAUAUUUUUACGCGUCAAAAUUUUUCACGUGUACAAAAACGUUUCCGCAUAGAGUCACACAAGAGAGUUGACAAGACUUCUAUGGAAAUGAUAGUUCGAAGAGGAAACCAGCAGUUUGGGUGCCGAUAUACUCCUUCAAAGAGCAUUUUGUGCGGUCAUUUUGUUUAAAAAAGUUUUGUUGUCAGCCAACGUACUUCAAGCUUAAGUGGUACUCUCAAUACAACUGUAAAGCCGCAUUUCAUACAAGAUAAUACUCUAUUUGACAGCUGUCACUACGAUCACUAGUGCUUGCAGUGCGUUGUGUCA